UCAGUUUUGAGGCUUCAUCAGUUGUGAACUCAGUGCCUCAAAUGGCAUAGUAACGUGAAUGUCUUAUGAAAUAUGAAAUGGCCAUAGUUGUCAAAAAUCAGGUUGUGCUUUGAUAAAUAUGUGAGAAAAAUGGUAUAGGUUGGAGGAAAAAAAAACACCAUGUCAACUUUGAAUGUAAUCACGCCGUUGAAACCGUCUCACAAACUGGAUCCGGAAGUAUUGAUCGAACUUCCAGAUCCAAAACGAAUAUCAGAAGAAUGUACCAUCAUAAUGAAUGGACAUCACAAUUACGGAAUGAAUGACGAUCAAGACAGCGGGGUAAGAGAGGACAUAGAAGAAAUGGAACCUUUCUUAGACACAAGAAAAACAAGUCAUUCAUCGAGUAGCAGAAAAUCAGAUUCUCUCGUUAGCUCCAAUUCAGCGGCAUCCACCCUGGUUUCAUCGAAUGCUUUUCCUCUUCGAGAAUCAUCGAUUCCUUCUAGUCCAGAGGAAGACAGUGAUGUGGACCUUGAGCCGGAGAGUUCUACACACCUGCUUCAGAAUUCAGACCAAAUUCAAAGUCCAAAAGGUCUUAGGACUAAACCUAAACUUCCGAAUUUUAAAUCCUCACCAAGCAAGAAACAAUCGGCAACUGAUGCUCACUCACACAUACAACAUCGUCCUUUGGGAAUGCCACAAAGUACUCUGCCUUCUCAUGCUUUUUCACUCAAACUCAAAUGGUCCAUCGCGCGUCUCGCAUGUCUCGGUUUUGUCAUUUUAUUCAUCCUCGCUGUCCUUUUCCUCAUAGUUGGACUAUAUUUUAGUCGAUCUAGUGACUGUUCUACGAGAAGACAGUGGUGGCAAGGAACUGUAAUGUACGAAAUAUUUCCAGCCUCUUUCUUAGACACUGAUGGUGAUGGUUUUGGAGACAUGAAAGGAGUCAUCGAACGGCUCGAUUACGUGCAAAAUUUAAGCAUAGAUGUCAUUCGUCUCAAUUCCAUAUUUAGUGCUCUGGAUUAUCCGCUAGAAUAUGAACAUGUUAUUGAUUUCACCAAUUUAGAUCCUCAUUUGGGUAAAAUGGAGGAUUUUGAGGCUCUUGUCAGGGAAAUUCACAGUCGUGGAAUGUAUGUGAUAUUGGAUAUGAAUCCUACUGUUACGAGUGACCAACAUACUUGGGCGGCUCAUUGGUUAUUACACAGAAAAGGACAAUACGAGCAUUUUUACAUAAAUAUCACGGACAACAAGGUGGAACCUCCGUUAGAAGAACAUGUUAGCUUCAGUGAUCAAAACUGGAAGCCUCCCCACAGAACAUUCGGCAGUCACUUGUUCCUCAACUGGUCCAAUCCUAUGCUUCAGCUUGAAAUGAGGGACGUUCUUGAAACCUGGUUGUCUCUUGGAAUCGACGGUUUUUAUAUGAAACAUUUAGAAGACAUCCACGUAGCCAAUGAGGCUCAUGUUGCGUCCGUCAUUCACCAGUGGAGGUACACCCUAGACAAGUACAGCAUCAACAGCACGCGCAAAGUACUGAUGAUGUCACACGAAACUUAUGACUUCUUGGAAUCCAUUAUGGAUGCCAUCAACUAUUUACCACUGUCUUCAAUGGUUGACUUGGUGGACAUGAAGCUAAGUGUUGUGGUAAAUGGCAGCGUUCAAAAUGUUGAGCAUGAAAUCCAAAAUGCUAUCAAGUCGUGGGGUGAAUUCUCAACAUCACCAAUGAUCACGUGGCAUGUUGGUAGUGUUGAGACAAUGCGAUUAGCUGGAAGAGUAAACGAUGACUGCAAUUUGGCCGCCAUAUUGUUAUUGAGUAUGCUUUCUGGAUCAGUGUCAAGUUUUUACGGAGAUGAAAUUGGAUUAAAAGACUCCGUAGAUCCCACUACAUUAAAGGCUUAUCGUGGUGGCCAGCUUGUUCCAAUGCAAUGGACUUCGGAGCCUCAAGCCAAUUUCACCAAUAACGACUCGACACCAUGGAUGCCCUUGCACACCAAUUACAAGACAGUAAACGCAGAAACGCAAUUUAAAAAACUUAUUACAUUCAAGCAAAUUGUCGAACUGAAGAAAGACGGGGGGCCUUUUUAUCCUUCAAUGGAUAUGGAAAGGUCUCUUGUCUACAGUAUUGGAUCUAAAUUAGGUGGUACCUUCCUGCAAGACUCAACUUCCUACGAGUGGUAUAGUAACCGCUGUGGAUUACUCGCUGCAAGAACUAAUCGUGGCGAAAUGGAUUAUGUCUUCAUUGGAAAUUUCGGCACAGAUCCACAAAUUCUAUCUGAAGACGUAUGCCCUGGAGAAGGAGACUUUAUUUGGUCUGUGCAUGAUCUGGAUAUUAUCUUGUCGACGAAUGUAGCGUUUGAAGGAAAAAUCGAGUUAAAUCGAUUCCUGCUGGAACCGGGAGAUGCUAUUCUAGGCCUUUUGAUAACAUAAAGGUUGUCAAGGAUUUAAAACUUUUUUAUACUAUUCAUCAAGAGCUCUGCUGUUUUCGAAAUAAAUCAUACCGUCAGUACCAUAGAGAUGUAAUUGGUUAGAGAGAGCAUGCUUUUUCCAGAGAGGGAACCAACACUUCCUGCCCAUCCUGCCACUAGUCACGUCACGUGACUGGGAAGAUCUUCAUGCAGGAGUACAAUUUGGCAAAGUUCGUCUCCACGAAUAACAACCGAAAGAAAAUUCGACGAAUAAAAAAAACUUCAUCCUUUUCUUCGCUAAAUAUGAAAACUUUCUAAUUCUUGUCGCCAAAUGUGCAAAUUUUUUCCAUUCUUCGUCAAAUGUGGAAAACCUUUUCCUCCUCUUCGCUAAAUAUAGAAAAAAAUUCCUUUUCUCUUUUCCAAACAUGGAAGAUUUUCUAAUUGGUUCACUUGAUGCAUGCAGAAACUUAUAUUUCUUUACUGAAAAUAUUACAAUGCGCGCUUUCUU